GUACGAUGGGACAAACAUCUCUUCUCUGUCUGAUCUUUGUGACCUCACUGCUGUGCUGCAGAACAGACCAAGCUCGUCUGACUGUGAGUCCCAGCAGCUCUCAGUUCUUCAGCUGGACGUCAGUGUCUCUGAGCUGUGAGGAGGACGACAGCUCUGCUGGAUGGACGCUGAGGAGGAACACGACCAGAGACACCAGAGCUGAGUGUGGACCUGGGUGGGGAAGAUCAGCUGGUUCUUCCUGUAACAUCACGGGCAUUGACCCAAUGGACAGUGGUGUUUACUGGUGCCAGUCCACACAGGGAGCGACCAGUAACAGCAUCAACAUCACUGUCACUGGUGGAGCAGUGAUCCUGCAGAGUCCUGUCCUCCCUGUGAUGGAGGGACAUGAUGUCACUGUGCGCUGUGAAGCACGGAGCCCUCCCUCCAGCCUCCCAGCUGCUUUCUAUAAAGAUUUUGUCGGGAUGGAGCCUACAGGUCACAUGACCAUCCGCCGUGUUUCCAAGGCUGAUGAAGGCCUCUACACCUGUAACAUCAGUGGUCAUGGAGCGUCUCCACCCAGCUGGCUCUCUGUCACAGCUACAGCUCCCUCCACACCCCCACAUCCCACGGCCUCACCCCCAGCCUCCGGAGCUCCACAUCCUGGCUUCAUUCCAUUCCAGCUUGUUCUCACACUGGUCUGCUACCUAGAGCUCAAUCAGCCAGUGAAGAUACAGUAACAUAGACGCCGGUGUUCAGAGUCGUUGGACCUGGAGCCGGGUGGUGUCGCACUGGGAAUCUGCAGGGAAUGUGAACCCUCAGUCAUACAUUUGGAUGUUUUCACAGUGUAACACAGUUAUUAGUCACAUUAUGAACAAAGGAGAGUCUGAAACAUUAAAAUCAAUCUAACAGUGGCAGCUAUUAUUUCACUUUAACUACAGGUUAUUUACAGCACUGUUUUAUUUUUGAAAUGUAAUGAUAUUUUCCAUUAAUGCCUCUGAUGGAAGGAACAGCCCCCCCC